CCGCGCGGGCUGCGACCGGGCGGCUUCCGGCGCGGCGAGCGUCCCCCCGCGAGAAGAUUUGUCCAUUUUGGAUUUCAAUUCCUUUUCCUGAAACCAAGUCAUUUUGAAAGAAGAUCAGACUUGGCUUUGUCGACUUUGAAAUGGGAGGCAGCCAUCAACUGCAAGUUGCUUCUGAUGCUGCAACAGAGCAGGAAAGAAACCUGUGAUGUAAACACGGACAUAGCACCCCACUUACAAGUGAGAGUCUUCUGGAAGAGAAGAGAAACCUGACAGAAUUUUUUUUUAAGUACCAAGACUUGACUGUGAAGUAAUCCAGGCACAUGGCGUCAAUAAGGUGCUCAUUCAGGUGGAUCAAGCCAUUGGCCACAGAUCCCUGGUUGCUUAUACUUAUCCUGUUUUCUGUACAACACGUAUAUGCGAGUGGAAAGAAGUUUAUUGGGCCUUGCGGAGGAAGAGAUUGCUCAGUUUGCCAGUGCUUUCCUGCAAAAGGGUCUCGGGGUCAACCAGGACUCCCAGGGCCACAGGGUCCUAUUGGACCCCUGGGACUGCCAGGACCCAUUGGAAUUCCAGGAGAGAAAGGGAUGAGAGGUGACAGCGGCCCUCCUGGAGCAGCCGGUGACAAAGGUGAUAAGGGUCCAACUGGUGUUCCUGGAUUUCCAGGUUUGGAUGGCAUACCUGGGCACCCGGGGCCUCCUGGAUCCAGAGGCAAGCCUGGCAUGCAUGGGCACAAUGGCUCGAGAGGUGAUCCAGGGCUUCCAGGAGAAAGAGGAGUUCCUGGCCCAAGAGGCCCCCCAGGCCUUCCUGGGGAAAAUGGAGAAAAAGGAAAUUCUGUGUUCAUUUUAGGUGCCAUUAAAGGAAUUCCGGGUGACAGAGGGGACCCAGGACCUCCUGGCUUGCCGGGAUCUAGGGGUGCAAGAGGACCAGCGGGCCCAAUGGGACAUCCAGGAGAGCCUGGCUUACCAGGUGCUCCGGGCCAUCCUGGGAGACCAGGCUUGAAGGGUAAUCCUGGCGUGGGAGUGAAGGGGCAAAUGGGAGAACCGGGUGAAGUUGGCCAGCAAGGUUCUCCUGGACCCACCUUAUUGGUACAGCCACCUGAUUCUUGUCUGUAUAAAGGAGAAAAGGGCAUAAAAGGAAUGCCUGGUGUAACUGGACCUCCAGGACCGCCAGGACCCAAGGGAAAACCUGGAUUUGGGGCCAAAGGAGAGAAGGGUGUUCCUGGGUUCUCAGGACCACGGGGUGAUCCUGGUUCCUAUGGGUUGCCAGGCUUUCCAGGAUUAAAGGGGGAACCAGGACUGUUUGGAGAUCCUGGAUCAUUUGGAUUUCUUGGCCCAAAGGGGGACCCUGGAGAUCGCGGGUAUCCAGGACCACCGGGUGUUUUGGUAACUCCAUCUCUUCCGCUCAAAGGCCCUCCAGGGGAUCCGGGACGCCCUGGCCGCUAUGGAGAAAUGGGGUCUGUUGGACCGCCUGGUCCCCCUGGUCCCUCAGGACCACCAGGGGAAACCUGUGCAGGCAUGAUGGGACCCCCUGGGCCAGGAGGGUUUCCUGGUCACCCGGGAUUUCCAGGGGCAGCCGGUAUCCCCGGGAGAGCUGAUUCCACUCCAGGGAAACCAGGGAGCCCGGGACCACCUGGGUUGCCUGGAGCUCCAGGACUGCAGGGCCCUCCAGGAUCAGAUGUUAUAUAUUGUAGUGUCGGGCACCCUGGACCACAAGGAAUAAAAGGCAAAGCGGGUCCUCCAGGAAGAAGAGGCUCAAAAGGAGAAAAAGGAAACGCGGGGCUCUGUGCCUGUGAGCCUGGUCCCAUGGGCCCACCAGGCCCUCCGGGACUUCCUGGGAGGCAGGGUAGUAAGGGAGACUUGGGGCUCCCUGGGUGGCUUGGAGAGAAAGGUCAUCCAGGCCCUCCGGGUGCUGAAGGAUCUCCAGGACCACCAGGAAAACCCGGUGCUGCAGGACCACUUGGCAGUAAAGGAGAAAAGGGAGACAUGGUUGUGUCAAGAGUGAAAGGGCAGAAAGGAGAAAGGGGUCCUGAUGGGCUCCCAGGAUUUCCAGGACAACAGGGACAACAUGGCCGGGAUGGACUUCCUGGAGAAAGGGGGGAUCCGGGACCCCCGGGGGAUCAUGAAGAUGCAGCCCCAGGUGCAAAAGGGUCUCCUGGAUCGCCGGGGCCCCCGGGCAGAACAGGACCUAAGGGACAACCAGGACUAGGAUUUCCCGGGCCACCAGGAGAAAGAGGGCCACCAGGAGCUCCAGGCCGUCCCGGCGAGAGGGGCCUUGAGGGCUUGAAGGGUCAGAAAGGCGAUACAAUUGCUUGUAACGUAACCUACCCUGGGAGGCCAGGGCCUCCGGGUUUUGAUGGAGCUCCAGGUGAACCGGGGCCACCUGCAGAUGUGGAUUCCUGUCCCCGAAUCCCCGGGCUUCCUGGGGUGCCAGGCCCAAGAGGACCAGAAGGAGGCAUGGGGCCCCCCGGAAUGAGAGGCCCCCCAGGAGCAGGCAAGGACCAUAUUUGCUACCCACGAAAGGAGAUUGUGGCUCAUGAAUUGAUGGCCUUGGCCAAAAGUAACGGCUUAAAAGAACCCCUCAAGUAUCAGUGUAAAUGCAGCCACGUCCUCCAGGGGGCGCAGCUGAGCCCCACAGCUGGUCAUGGGUGGGGGGCGGGGGGCGCGGACGGCUGUGCCUUGGCCCUCACUCAGCCUGCCUGUCUGAGGUGCAAAGGAGAGUCGGGGCCGGAUGGCAGGAGGGGCGAGGAUGGCCUCCCAGGGUCUCCUGGGCCUCCUGGAAGCAAAGGGGACACGGGAGAAGCGGGCUGUCCCGGAGCACCAGGCCCUCCUGGGCCCAUUGGGGAUCCCGGGCCCAAAGGGUUUGGGCCUGGAUACCUCAGUGGCUUCCUCCUGGUUCUCCACAGUCAGACAGAUGGAGAACCCACCUGCCCAGCGGGCAUGCCCAGGCUGUGGACGGGCUACAGUCUGUUGUACCUGGAAGGACAGGAGAAGGCUCACAACCAAGACCUGGGUCUGCCGGGGUCUUGCCUUCCCAUGUUUAGCACACUGCCCUUUGCCUACUGUAACAUCCACCAAGUCUGCCACUACGCCCGGAGAAACGACCGAUCGUACUGGCUGGCCAGCGCCGCGCCCCUGCCCAUGAUGCCGCUCUCGGAAGAAGAGAUCCGCCCGUACAUCAGCCGCUGUGCCGUGUGCGAGGCCCCGGCUCAGGUGGUGGCCCUGCACAGCCAGGACCAGUCCAUCCCCCCGUGUCCACGGACCUGGAGGAGCCUCUGGAUCGGGUACUCGUUCCUGAUGCACACAGGGGCUGGGGACCAAGGAGGAGGGCAGGCCCUCAUGUCCCCGGGCAGCUGCCUGGAAGAUUUUCGAGCAGCGCCGUUCCUCGAGUGCCAAGGCCGCCAGGGAACUUGCCACUUUUUUGCAAACGAGUAUAGCUUCUGGCUGACAACAGUGAGGCCUGACCUGCAGUUUUCCUCGGUGCCAUCACCAGACACCUUCAAAGAAAGCCAGGCCCAGCGGCAGAGAAUCAGCAGAUGUCAGGUCUGCAUGAAAUACAGCUAGAGAACCCGUAACUCGCCACCGUGUCGCCAAGAGAAACUUCCUCGUGGGCCCGGGGGGGGGCCCAGGCUGUGCUAAGAGAUGAAUGGUGCUCAUUUCAGACUCCAGCUUCAGCUGUUCCUUCUGUUUCGAUGUGGUUAUUCCCACUAUCCUGUCAUUCUCUCCUCUGUUCGGGACAGAUUAAGCAAACGCUACCCCUACGGACUUGUUCGGACCUACCAAUCUAGAUGAAACCCGGAUAUUCUUGUGUGUUUGCGGAUGAUGGAAGAGCUGGCUUUGUUUAAAAUUAUGCUAAUUCACAGGAAGGCAAAGAGAUGAUAAAAACCAGAUUACAAGUGACAUUACUGAAAACUUCAUUCACUGGUUAAUAGCACCUCCAACAAUUGAAGUCAAUUACUCUAUAAUACAGUGGGCUUCGGGAUGGAUUUUGUAGGAAAAAAAUAAAUAGGCCAACAAAUGAGACUAGAAAGCAGAGAUUUCCAACAUUUCAAAAUGAUUUCCUCUGUAAUCUGUUUUCCCAUGUGCUUUAAAUAAUUGUAAAACCGUGACCCAAGGAGAUGUUUAAAAAAAAAAAAAAAAUCCACACAGCCAGCGUUAACAGUUCGUUUCAAAGCAGAAUGAAUCAUUACGCCAGGAAGGACCACAGUUGCUGUAUUCCGGAGAUGCUACAUUAGCAUAAACACAUCACAGAGGAACAUAAAACAUGUUCUCCUCUGCAUUUUUCAGAGAAUGGAAAUGCCUACUUCGGCAGCCCUUUUGAAAAGUAGCAUUUAUGGGAAAAAAAUAUAUUCAAUAAGGGACGAGGAGCCUAAAAGCUAUUAAUGAAUAUUAAGGCAGUGAUUCACAAAAAUGGACUCCCCAUUGCCGUGAACUUCCAACAGAGGGCAUUUUCCCCAGUCGGGGUCCGGCUUGUCUUUGGCGUGUGCGCACUAAUGGGACCGAAGCCACAUGGGGCUCACUCAGGCACACGCAGCUCACACAAAGCAUCCUGCUGUCUCCCCAGGAGCACCUGCGGAGCCCGCGAUGGACGCUUUUCCUCCCAAACAUAAUGGCAUUUCACAUGGGGAAGUGACAGAGCCCUCAUUAUGCACUUGGGAGAAAAUGAAGGGCCGGGUUAAUUAAACUUAGGUGAGAAGAUUCAUUGAAGUCACAGGUCGCCCCGCCAGGAAGACAUGGAAAGAAACGAAAAGCAACCUACAAUUGGCGUUUCACGUUCCUGUUGUUGGUGUUUGCAGAAGCACCCUGUUUUUCCAGUUUUGAAAACAUUCUUCUAUCUUAUGUCAGUAUUAUAUACCAACGCAGCAGUUUGACAUUUGACAUUAAUGCUUUCUGUAAAAGUUUAGCAGAUAUGUCCGUUUUUAACGAGUAGUUUUCUGAAUAGCAAGGGAUACAUUUCCUAUUCUGUAGGGAUUCAGUGGUCCAAUCGAAAAAUCAAAAAGCUUGUGGGAAAUAAAUGAUAGGAAAUCUGCCUUCCUCAUUUAAAAACAUGUCAUGUGAGAAAAGAAACUGAAGAAAUUUCUCAUGAGAAAGGGAUGCUCAUUUUCGUGCUUAGUUUCAACGCACUUAAAAUAAUUGAGAGAAGAAAAACUCAAUUAAGAUUUUGUUUAGAAGAGAUGUUUUCCUUGCCAAACAUUGAUUAGCAAUGAGCUCGUAUAUGUAGAACAUAUUUCAAAUGAGUCUUGCCAUGGGCUGCUCCCAGGAUGGCGAUUUAUUUUAAUAGUUUCCGGUAGAAAGGAAAAAAAAAGUUUUGUCCCAUUUAUUGAUUGUUUUUAAUCAUGCUACGGCGUGUUCAAUAUUUUUUGAGCAUCUGAAAUUUAAGGCAAUUUCAACCUUUUCAACCUCAUUGAUAAUUACCCUUUCCCGUUUCCAAAGUUUUAUUAUAUGUCCCCAAACAUCAGGGCUUCUAAAAUUUCAUCUUCUACUUUAUGCAUUUGGUCUGAAAACAUUUUCUGGGAACAGAUAAGGGUGUAAGAAUGUAAGAAACGUACCUUGCUUGCUGAAGUAUUUUAAACAUGUUAGGAUAUUAUCUUAAUAAGCUGGCCAAGUAAAUCUUUAAAAAACAGGCUGAAUUCAGUGGGCAAUUUACUUGCACUGUGAGCCUGGGAUUGUGUUUGAGACUUAUUCACAAUAUUGAUAUUGCAAGGGCCCCUUUCUAAAUGCAUCCCAUUUCUGCCUUCCAAUUUUGAAAAGUUAUUUUAACUGGUCUAAAGGGCAAAACGAUGGAAAAAAUAACUCCUUGGAUUAGAAGACUGUGCUUUUUUCACCUGGUUAUAUAUCAGUGUACUUUGAAAUAUCCUUUCUCUGUGAAGGAUGAACAAAGCUUUAUGGUGGUCCUAAUCCAUGACUGGUGAUUAUCCUUAUCAACAUUUCCUUCCCAGGAGCCUCCCUCCCCCACCUGGGUUGGAAUGCAUCUAGAUGGUCCAAUGGGAACGGCUCUGGGUCACGCAGAGGAGGACAGGAUGUUUCCUUCUGGGUUCUUAUUCUCAGUGAAUGGAGCCCCAUCCACGCGGGUGUCCAGGGACCCAGGCCUCCAUGCCAUUGAGCGGUGGCUCAUCCCUUCUCCACCCAUAUUGCCCAGACCUAAACUCAGUCACUACUUCCUGUGUGGAUCACUACCUUCCCCUCCAGCCUCAGGGCGCCUUAACACAGCCAUUGUCCUCCACCCCUGCUUUUGAUGGUAAACGUGUCGCAACUGAUGCCACUGCUGUCAAAUUCCAGUCCUUUCUCGAGACGCAGACUUGAUUUUGUUGUUCUUUGGCUCAAAACUCAUUCAAUGACUCCGGUGCCUCUGAACUUCAAAUGCCUUCCGAUGGGGUGAAAGGCCUCAGGAGCGGCCCGCGGCUCACCUGGACCCCAAUCACAGAGGCGUGUGCCUAGCUCUGUAACCUUGCUCCUGCUCUUUCUCCCAGUGGCAUCCCCACGCAGGUGAGUUUACCUGGCACACAACUGCUUCCUUAAAGACUGAAUUAGCUGGAGGGGAGGGGCGUGUGUGCAUUUCCCCAGGGAGACUUGGGCUCCCUUCCGCUGCUCCCGGCACAACGAAUGGGCCUGGCCACUCUCAUGUUCCCUCCUCGCUCCCGUAAGGUCUCCUCACUCUUCCUCCAUGCUCUUGCUAAAGUGCAAGCCCCUCGAGGGCAGGACCAUGCUUCCCUCAACUUUGCCCAGUGCCUAUACACAGCAGGGUACGCUACUGAUCAUUCUGUUUUCAGCGACAGUUCAGUAUCAUUUGGGGUUAGAUCCACGCGCGUAGACUUCUCCUGGACAAAAUGGUGACAAGCAUAAGCCAUGUCUUAUUUCAGACAAUUUGAAUUUGGCAGCAUAUCUGCACACCCACAAUCUCCUCUUCACAGUUAGUGACAGAAAAGCCAACUGAUAACCUUUGACCACUAUCCCCUCCUGAAAUACAGCUCACGUUUCCAAACUGAAAUGGCAGGAAUGGCAAGAUUCGUGGGAUUUGGCCGAGAGAAGGCUCUUCAUUGAAAUGCGACAAGACUUAACUCGUGCUGUAAACUGUAUUCCCUCAUCAUACAAGACCUUCCUAGUACAAGAUCACAUCUGUGAAGUUUGGGUACAUGUUUUUGGUGCUUAGGAAAAUAGUCAAUGGAGUGGUCCACUAAAACUGGAUUUUAUCAGAUUUUAUUUUGAGCCUCUUAUGGAUUGUAAUAGAGCAAACCAUUCUGUGUGUUCUAGGAAAUUACAUUAGAUUUGUGUUUCUGUCAGCUCACCGAAUGACUCCUGAUUAUUUUUACUUUUAUUUGGGCUGGCUGCAAGAAUAGGGGGAAAAUGUGGACUUGGGAGUUGGUUUGAAUCUGACUCUGUCACUUUGCCACUGUGUCACCCUGGGCGAGUUACACCUACUCUCUGUGCCCCAUUUUCCUCAUUUAUAAAAUGGGACAUAACACCUAUUCUUGCAUUGGAAAUGAAGUUCGAAUAUAUGUCUAGUGCAUAGCAAUCAUUGUGCAUUUAUUCUGGUCACAUCUACUUAACACAAUUUAAUACAAAAAAACCACAACAUUUCUUGGUUUUUUUUUCCAUAGAAUUAUAUUAUGAUUUUUACAGGGUACAUUAAUUACUGAUUAGAAUUACUUGUAUCUGACCAAUUCUUUGUGUCUUUGGGAAUGUUAUUUUAUUUCAGUUCUCAAAGUUACUGUCCCCCCACCCCCACCCCACACAGACACACUCAAAACCACAAUUUCCUACAGGGACAUUAUCAGGAAGUUCUGCAGGGAACAAAACAAUUGACAUUAAAAAUCAGUACUCUGCAAUUGUCACUGUUAUUAUCUGCCAAAGACUCUGCAUAAUGCGUUUUAAACCACGAAGGCUGGCUGCCACAUCCACGUGAAAUGCUUGAAUUUUAUGGUGCUUAAAUAUUUAAUGAUUCAUAGGACAAAAUGUGAGAUGUGUCCAAUAAAUUGCAUCCCUUUCUCUAACCUACGGUUGUAAAGUUAAAGACUUGCAACACGGAACAUUUGCAAGGUGCCUGGUCUGCUACUGACUCCUGAACCUGUGUUGUAUUACCAGUCAUAAUAUUGUGCAUUAUAUAUAAAAUUCUGUGAUGACCUCCAAA